AUGCGGCAGUGGGCUUUUAUUGCCGGACGAUAUAAGCCUCAUGCGAGCCCUCAGGUACCGGCAAUGACGGGAAUUGGUUUAAGACGCAAUUUGUGGACGGCAGUGUACUCCUUAGAACAGAAGAAAGCGUACGAGUCCCUCCUCGAACAACUAGAUUCCCUGAAUUCCGAUCAAACACCUGCCACUCGAACAAGUAUACACCGAAAUAUUGACAAGCUUCCCAACAAGUACGAUCUGUUGGGAUAUCUUAUGCGCAAUGACAAUAAAUCCCGAGCCCAGCAUUUGCUUUCCACCAUGACUCGCAACCUCGUUCUCAUAAACGCUGCCAACUUGUACAUAGCGAGGUCAUAUGACUUACUUGCUUCUGAGAAUGAUAUGAUUUUUGAGCACAUCAAACGGAUGAUUCCGCGAACGUUGGAUCCCCGUAGUAAAAAGCUACUGCGUCGGCUCGAUACCAAUCGACCGAUUAACGUCAUGGUUGCUAUCUACCGAAUGGCAAUCUGUCUUGAUUUGCAUGUCCUGGCUGGUCAGAUAAUCCGGGAGACCGUGCGGCAAUCUCUCCAAACCGGUAUGGGCUCUUUCUUGGAACUGCUCAAUUACCAUAAUAUCUCACUGUAUAUUGACCUGAUGUGCGUGAAACAUCCGCAAACAGACGUACAGGAUUUAAAGCAAGUGUUUCGAAUUGUUUCGCUCUAUGACAUGGCAGUCACCAAACACAACAGCAGAGAAAUCAAACAGAUUCCACUGUAUCCAUUCACCUCGUCCCAAAUCACAGCUAUCCUAGAAAAGGCAUCAUCAUCCAAGAGCACCGACACCGAACUUUGCGGGCUCGUCAUACGUGAGUUGGGCUCAAAGCUUGCAGGAAACGGAGAGCUGUUUUCCCACUAUUCCUCGAAUACAGACAACAAGACAAUGACAGAAAUUGGCUACCAGAACUCGGUCGACGAGUUUCUGAGUUUUUGCUACAAAUUCAUUGAGGACAGGGUUUCCCGGAAAGAUCCUGCUGCAGUUUACAGAACAUGGCGGAUAAUCGAGCCGUUCCACAACGUAUUUUACAACUCUGCAUUAGAUUCUAUGAACAACAAUCCGCAAAAUGGAUACUACUAUUACCAUGUUAUGUCGAAAAUUGUGAGCUGUUUCUCGAAAAACAAACGGUAUAGACACAUGGUCGAUAAAUUGGUAAUGAAUCUGCCAAUAGAAGCCAUCAAAGUGUCACCCGAAUUGAUGGCUUCCUUAAUUUACCACAGCGCAAGAACAGGUAAUUUCAACCUAGGAAAUAUUUUAAUGGACCAAUAUACUGAUGACACGCUUGGUCUGCCGACUAGAUUUUCGCCGAACCAGCUAAGUGCGUUACUGGCCCUUUCUUUGAAAGAGGGCAAGUACGAUAGAGCCCAAGAGAUUCUAAAAUUUGCCAAAGAUAACCUGGUUCGAUUCGAUGCUAUUGAAUUUAACGAGCUUGUCAGAGCUGCCUUGAACGACAAAAGCAAUGCCUCGGCAGCCUGGUCGAUGAUCCUUGCUGCAAAUGCAAAGACUGCGAGGUAUGCGUACAACUCGUACGUCACCCAUAUGAUGGACACAAAUAAGAUGGAUUUCGACAAGCUGAAAUACAUGUAUGACCAUGCGAUAGCCGGGGUGAGCGAAAAAGACGCUAAUUUUUGGGACUACUGGACGCUGAACUAUUUCAAAUAUAUCCAUCGAAAAUAUGGCUAUCGGACUGGAAUGGCAAUUUACAUGCGUAGUGUGUCCGAGGACCGGAUUUUUGAUGGCCUUGAUCACUACAAAUAUAAGCCCAACCCGUAUCUCAGCAGACAUACCAAAGUUACCCUUCGAUUGAGCGACGCAACACGUCCUUUCGUUCUCCGGGACAUUUUCCAGCUUGCAGUGUCCGAAUAUAAGCGUGCAGUCAAAGCCAAGGAGGAUUACACAGUGAAAAAAGAAGCAGUAAAGUCAGUCAGCUUGUGGUGCUACCAGGAGUAUAAACAGCUUGGAUUCAGAGAGUCGGACGUGGCCACAGACCUGAUAAGAACAAUCAACAAGAAGUCGCGGCGUGUGGGGGAUCAUCGACAACAGAUCGGAGACUCUUUUGAGGAAAGAUUCUUGACUAACCUGCUCGAGUACGAAAAGCAGCAUAGCAAAUAG